AGGGAAGGAGGAAACAAAAAACACAUCACGCAAGCACAGAAAGCGUUCUCAGCAAGCCAGCAACCAACACUCGAACGUAAAUAAACAAAACAAGUUCCUCUCUUUUCAUUUCUUUUUACCCAAACAAUAACUACAUCAAAUCCCCGCCUCCCUCUCCCUAUAUUUUUCAUUUCCCUAAAUCACUCUCCUUUAAUACAAAAAAUAAAAAAAAUGCACAAACUUUAAUCCCUUUUUGUACGGAUUAGUUUAGCCCUCUUUUUUUUUCUCAACAGAAUUUUUUAUGGCUCUUUGCAGUCGAGUGGUUAGAUCAGGCGUUAAUUCUGCGAUUUUCUUUGCAAAAUCUCGAGCGAUUAACCCAUCAUCUUCUAGUUCAUUUGGUAACAGAUUUGAUUACCGGCAUAUUUCGCAGCUCGUUAGACCUAACAACAAUAAACGCGCAUUUCUCGUUGAUACUUUAGCACUGGUGAGAGGAUUGGAAUCGCAAGGCGUGCCGUCGAAGCAAGCGGAGGCGAUUACGGCUGCGAUUACUGAAGUGUUGAAUGAUAGUUUGGAGAAUGUCGCUUAUUCUUUUGUUUCUAAGGCAGAAAUGCAGAAGAGUGAAAUGAUUCAAGACUCAAAUCUGUCCAAGUUUAAGUCUGAAGUACAGAGUUCUCAGGAGCAUCAUUUUUCUUUGUUGCAACGUGAGACUGAAAAACUACGAGGUGACAUAGAUAAAAUGCGCAGUGAACUGAGGUAUGAAAUUGAUAAAGUAACUGCUGGACAGCGUUUGGAUUUGAAUCUUGAAAGAGGACGCAUUCGUGACGAGCUGGCGAAUCAGAAUGCAGAAACCACCAAUCUCACAAACAAGCUUGAUCGGGAAAUUCAUGCAUUGAGAGCCCACCUGGAAGCGGCAAAAUACGAUGUGAUUAAAUACUGCAUAGGUACCCUCGUCUCCAUAUGUGCAGUUGGCAUUGCAACGGUCCGUAUCUUGUUGUAGUGCACUGCCAAUUCAUUGCAAAACUUCUACAAGAAUUAUAAAUUUACAUUUUUUAUCAUGGCAAAUGUUGUCAUAACUAAAUCGAAUUCUACAGUAGAAUUGUUUGGUAGCCAUUUUUUGUAUUAAAAACAGGGAUACCUAAUUGGUUAGAACAGUUAUUGAUUUUCCCAUGGGGAUUCUAGCUAGGCUUUGUUUCACGCAAUCCUUACAUUAAUGCCAUAUAAAAAACCAAAAAAAGAUGGCAACGAUUGAAUUUA